GAUAAUGCCAUAUAUUUUAGCUAUAACAUAUGAUAUUGACCGUUGGGAAUCACUGAAAGUGAAAAUGUAACUUAAGACAAGAAGAAGGGUAUACCGUAAACAUGUCCUUGAAAGGAAUCUAUAUAAUUGUAAUAAUAUCGUUCUAUUCGAUAUACUUUCGAAUGCAUAAUUAGAACUCUUUAUAUAUAGUUAGCGUGCAAAGAAAAAUAUUUGGAAAAUGCAUUAAUUGUUCAUUACGAAUUGCUGAUAAUUAUGCCCUACUUAACACAAACUCAAAUUUUUAUUCAUAGAUGAGGUUGAACUGUCUACUGUAUCUGGUGAAGAAGAACGCCGUCCAGUCUCUGGUUCUCCCUGUUGCCGUAGCUGUCCCUGUUGUUGUCAUCGCCGCCAUUGUCGUCAUUGCCGCCAUCGUUGUGGUUAUCAGGAAGAAACGCAAGUCCUUUGCUGAAAAACGGUGGGUUAGUUUAAAAGCGAAAACAAGGAGCGAAUCAGACGAACUAAUGGAAGAUAAAAGCAAGUCACCAGUAAUAUUUACAGUGGCAAAUGGUAAGGUAUCCCAUGGCCUGAUGAAACAAGAGGAUAAAGAAGCUUAACCAGACCAACAAAGGUGUACGGAUGCACUUCAUUUUGACAAGUUAGAUCCCACUGCUUUGGGGCAGUUGGCAACAUUCACUUACUUCUAUAUGCAAAUGAUAGGUGCUAACCCCGAAAUCACAUGAUAACCUGUUUCGUCAACCAUUUGAUGUCAUCACUAAUUAUCAGUAAUUCUUCAUAUCAUUUUUUCCCCCUUGUUAUUCUCUUUAACUACGGAAGCGUAGCAGGGCCACGGUAAAA